AUGAGACCCUUCGGCCGGAUUGCUACAGGCAUUGGACGGCGGGGGCUGGGAUAUCAACGCUGCGCACGAUGGCUUGAGCAACGCCCACGGCCCAUCUCCUAUCGAUGGAAUAGCAACAAUGCGUCUGGCUCUCAAUCGCAAAAAACAGUUCCAAAUUCACCCUUCGUCAAAAUUGGUCACGCUGUUGUUGCCACCAUUGCUAGCGGGCUCGGAUAUGCGUUCGGUGCCGGCAGCGAUUCGGUUCCUUCUAUUUCGCUGCUUUUUGGUCAAAGGGAUGAAAAACCCAAGUAUGGGACGGCAAUUGCCGAACUACGAACUUUGCUAGGAGAAGAUGCAAUCAGCACGGAUGAUGAGGAUCUGCAUCUCCAUGGUUAUUCGGAAUGGUCAUCAAUCAAUUGUGAACAACUACCCGUCGCCGUGGCCUAUCCUAGGAACACCCAGGAGGUCUCCCAGAUCGCGAAAAUAUGCACCAAGUACCGAAUGCCCAUGAUUCCAUUUUCAGGUGGGAGCAGUCUUGAGGGGAACUUCUCAGCGCCCCACGGAGGUAUGAGCAUCGACUUUGUCCAUAUGGACAAGAUGAUUGAGCUCCAUGAAGAUGAUAUGGAUGUUGUCGUCCAGCCCUCUGUUCAAUGGAUGCAAUUGAACGAGGAAAUUAAACACACCGGCCUCUUCUUUCCUAUCGAUCCAGGCCCAUCUGCUAAGGUUGGUGGCAUGGUUGGCACGAAUUGUAGUGGCACCAAUGCCGUCCGUUACGGAACCAUGAAGGACUGGGUUCUCAACCUGACCGUGGUGCUGGCCGAUGGGCGAGUUAUCAAGACUCGAAGGCGCCCCCGUAAAAGCGCCGCAGGCUACAAUUUAACAGGAAUGUUCGUAGGAUCCGAAGGGACACUAGGCAUUGUCACGGAAAUAACCCUAAAACUCGCUGUCUUACCAGAAGAGACGAGGGUAGGGAUCGCCACUUUCCCGACCAUACGUGACACGGCUUCUACCGCCAUGAAGGUCAUCCGUUCUGGUGUCCCUGUCCAAUGUAUGGAGAUCCUUGACGAGGUGCAGAUGAAAGUUAUCAAUGGUGCUGGCGGUACCAAUCGGGUAUGGAAGGAGGUUCCCACUCUCUUCUUCAAAUUUUCGGGAUCCCCAGCUGGCGUCGCUGAUAACGUCAAAGCGACCAAGGAGAUUGCCAAGAACAAUAACAGCAGUUCUUUCGUAUUUGCAAAAGACGACCAGGAGGCUCAUGAGCUGUGGUCUGCUCGCAAACAGUCUCUCUGGAGCAUGAUGGCACUUCGAAAGGAGGGAGAUGACAUUUGGUCUACUGAUGUUGCAGUGCCUCUCUCUCGGCUCCCCGAUAUCAUCGAAUCGUCAAAGAAGGACAUGGAUAAUUUAGGGUUAUUUGCUAGCAUCGUCGGCCACAUUGGAGACGGUAACUUCCACGAGAGCAUAUUGUAUAACAAAGAAGACCCUGUCCAGCGGGCCAAAGUAGAAAAGAGCGUGUACGAUAUGGUUAACCUUGCAUUGGAAAUGGACGGUUCUUGCACGGGCGAACACGGCGUUGGGCUCGGUAAAAAGCAAUCACUCCUCAAAGAAGUCGGAUCGGACACUAUCGAGGUUAUGCGCAGUAUCAAGCGCUCCCUUGAUCCCCACUGGUUGUUAAAUCCUGGGAAGAUAUUCGAAGCGACACGUAGUCUGGAGGAAGCUCCCAUGGCUGCAUAG